AUGACAUUGGAUGAAGUGCGCGAUGCGACGGGAUGGUUCAGUCCGCGCAAUUUCAUCGGCGAAGGAGGUUUCGCGGUGGUGUUCCGGGGAAAAGGGCCUGGGGACGUGGGUUGGGCGGUAAAACGGUCGAAGCGGCCGCUGGCGGAAGGAUCUGCCGGCGCUCGGGAUUUCGAGAAAGAGGUGUUUCUGAUUUCGCGGCUUUCGCACAAGAGCCUCGUGCGACUGCUGGGUUACUGCAUGGAGGGGGGCGAGUAUAUCCUCAUUUACGAGCUCGCCGCUAACGGAUCACUCGGUUCUGCUCUUUCCAAGUCUCGCCCGCACUUGACUUUCACCCAACGCUUAGACAUCGCUAUAGGAACAGCCGAGGCGCUGCAUUACUUGCACACGGCUGUAAACCCCCCUAUAGUGCACCGCGAUAUUAAGCCCGAUAACAUUCUUUUGGAUCAGAACUUGAACGUAAAACUGGGCGAUUUCGGCCUGCUGAAGAGUAUGCUGGGAGCUGGGGACUCUGCUGGUGCAGCUACAUCCGCUUUUACACGCGUGGCCGGUACACCCGGUUAUCUGGACCCGGACUAUCACCGAACAUCGAAGGUGACUACUAAGGGGGAUGUGUACAGUUUCGGUGUGGUGCUACUGGAACUGUUGACGGGGCAAAGGGCGAUUAUAAAGCUUCCCCAGAAAGGGGCUCAGGCGGGAGGCGGAACCCCUGCGAAGGGGAAUGGCGCAGGGGCGAAAGAAGCUGCAGAGGGAGGGGGAGAAAAGGGAGGGGGAGGAAAGGGAGAGGGAGGAGAAGGCGGAGGGGAAGAUGUCAAAGCAAGGAAGCAAGACGAGGCAGAAGAGAACAACAAAGCAGCGGCAGGGAAGAAGGGAGCACACGGAUCAACCCCUGCUCCUGCACGAGACAAUGCGGGCCCUGUGCAUAUCUCCCACUGGGUAGGGCCGUAUGUGCAGGCGAGGGAUGUAGCGGCUGUAGCGGACAGCCGACUAGGCUGCGACUACGAUGCGCCAGCACUGCUGCGCGUGCUACAGGUGGCGCUACAGUGCGUGCGGCCCACGCGGGCACGGCCGGAAAUGGCUGCUGUGCUGAGAGUGCUGGUAGAUGCGAAGGAGCAGGCGGAGCUUGCUCCCCGGCCGCCCCCACUUGCCACCGUUGUGGAGGAGGAAGAGGUAGAUGAGGGGGAGGACGACAAGGACGCGCAGUUUCUCCCUAGUCGCCGACGACUUGCGGCGCGUCUGUUGGCGAACCAGGAGGCGGGGGGGGGUGGGAUGGUGCAGGAUGACGAGGUUAGUAGAUACUUGUCCGAGAGGGUGCGGUUCGACGUGUCAGCGCUAGAGUACUGGCGCACCGCCACCAACAUGCAGACGCUGAGGCGCAUGGCACGGGAUUAUCUUGUCAUCCCUGCCACGUCCGCUUCGAGCGAGCGGGUGUUCUCUCUUGGUCGCAACCUCAUCUCCUGGAAGCGGCACCGCCUGGCCUCUCAGAGGACGCGAGCUGUCAUGAUUCUUAGAUCAUGGUACAGUUCACACCAUGGACAGAGGAUCGGCGAGGGCCGCCGACCGAGAGGAGCCGCACCACCAGAGUUCGCCAUUGAGGGCGAGGGGGCGGAGGAGGGGGAGGGGGAGGGGGGAGGGGGAGGGGGAGGGGGAGGGGGAGGGGGAGGGGGAGGGGGAGGGGGAGGGGGAGGGGGAGGGGGAGGGGGAGGGGGAGGGGGAGGGGGAGGGGGAGGGGGAGGGGGAGGGGGAGGGGGAGGGGGAGGGGGAGGGGGAGGGGGAGGGGGAGGGGGAGGGGGAGGGGGAGGGGGAGGGGGGAGGGGGAGGGGGAGGGGGAGGGGGAGGGGGAGGGGGUGGAGGCAGACGCGGCAGGUGGAGAGGGGGCGGAGGAUGCUGCUGUUGGUAGUAGCAGUGGUGCCAUGGCGUAGGAAUUCUUUCUGUUCGCAACCUUUCCUCACCCCUCUCCACUCACUUGUUGCUCUUCUCCUCUAUGCCUCCCCCGCCUCUCCCUGCAGCAUCACCAGCCAGUCCGCCCCUGCAGCAGAGGCGCAGGCAGGCAGGCGAAGGGAUGGCACUCCAGCCAGAGGGACAGCAUGCGGGCUGCUCCCUGCUGCACAAGGCCUCAUCGCGAGCAGCAGUGGCAGACGGACGCCUCAUCGCGAGCAGCAGUGGCAGGCGGACGUGGGGCAGCAAGCAACCACGCCUCAUCGCGAGCAGCAGUGGCAGGCGGACGUGGGGCAGCAAGCAACCACCUCCCCUAGCAGGAGCUCAUGUGCCUGA